GUAGAGUCGGCGUCGCCAAGCGGCCUACGUACCGCACCGCUCUCCUCCCUUCCUUACCCGCAGUCGUCCUGACGCGCCGGUUCUGCGCGCUACACGAUAACCGCAUCAUGGUAAUGGAUAACCGGAUGAAUGAGACCAACAAGAAUGACCAGAAUUCCAUAUUCAUAACAAAUUUUCAGCAUGGUGAAACAGUAAAUUAUUCACUGAUUCUUCUAAAAGGAAAUAUCACUUUUGGUGUAUGUAACAACUACGAUAAACUGCGAUGUAUCGUGAUAUAUAACGGAGUCAAAAGGGAAUCCUUUUGGGAUAUUUACAAUAGAGAAUUCAAAAUUAUUCUUGAACUGAAACUGGGAGAAAAUAUGAUUGAUUUGGAAUACGCAGGAGUACAUAAAAAUCUAUUUACGCUAUUUUAUGAACCCAGAAAGACAAAUUUAAGGGUCACACCGGUAUAUAUAGUUUGCCAAGGCCAUGAUGGUUGUUUCCAAAGUCCAGUUGAAGUGGAAAAUUCCAUUAAAAGUGCAUGUUCUCGUAUUGCUAUUGGUUCCAAACUAAUACAAUGUGUUACGGCAGAAAAGCUUUACGAAAGCGGUGUUGGUCGAAAAACGUUUCAGCUUGAACAUGAAGUCGAUCAUAAGAACUCGGAAUGCAUAGUUUUUAGUAGUUCAUUGAAUGUAAACAAGGCCCGGAAAAUGAAACAAGAAGAGUUAUGGACUCACUUUGGUAGAGAAUUAAUGCUAUCUGACUUGGGAAGCUCUGAGAGAAAAUUUUUGGCUUUCAUAUCUUGUACAAGAUUUAAAGGCACUGAUAUUGAUAAACCUAUGACUCAUGAUGAAAUUUUAUCAUAUACAGAAGCAUAUGCUGCACUAGGUGGAGGUGGAUUGGCUUUGUUCGGAACAGCUUGCUUGUAUACGUGGCCUAAGUCAACUUCUGACAUUAUUGAUGCAUUUUUGGAAUGCAGUCCUGUAAAUACACGGAGAUUUAUGGAUGAUAGUGGCUACCGUGGCACUUUAGGCGGAUGUUUUGCGACUACUUUGGGAUCUGUUCUUCAUGAACUGGGCCAUACAUUUGACCUUGGACAUACCAAAGAUGGUAUAAUGGGCAGGGGGUUUGACAACAUAGACCGCAUUUUUUUGGUGGGGAAUAAAAGAUCAGCCCUCAUCAAAGAUAGCAUGAACAAUUUCAACGGCAAACCGGUACAACAUUCAACUGUUUUAUUACAGCGGAAUAUAAAUGUUACAAUGAAUGUAGCAGAACCUUUGCGAGUUUUAGGUCCAAGGAGCAAGACCACACUUGGAAAUUUCGCUUCAAUGUCAAAAUCAGAUAUUGUUCGAAGAAGUCCCAAUGUCACACCAAUCACUCGACCUUCUAGCGUGUACUCCUCAAUUACGAAUAGAAUAUCAGAUACCAAACGAAAUAUGAAUCGUAACGGUAAUGAUUCUAUUUAUUGGACAAGAAACUGUGCAAUUCUAUUGUCAUAUCACCGUUGGUUUAACAAUGAGUUCGGGCGAGAGAGACAAGCAAUAACGCGAUACUUGAAGUUUGACAAAAACAAGAUGAUGAUCAUAUCGACAGCAGGAAUAAGAAUAGUCGAAGUUAGGGAUGAGUCAAAUGGAAUGGUUCUUGACUCCUAUGAGUUUACAAAUGUGUUACCCGAAAAGCGAUUCUUAUUGCCUUUCAGCUUUUCACAUAAGACAAAAAUGUUAACUGUUGUCGUUGAAGAUGAUUUAGGAAAUGUGCUAAAGCAAACGUUUACCUACUAAAUAGACUAGCCUACCUAGUCUAGCUUUUCUGCAUUUAAGUUGAAUCUAAACUAAGUGGUGUCGGAAUUACGAAGUUUAAAAUUUUCUGAGAACCCAAUAUUUUAAAUAAGAAUAUAAUACUGCGCUCCGGCUACCUAUCUGUACGAAUUUAUCUUACAAUACCUAUUCAAUGUACGACGCCUAAAGCCUACAGCUGCAGAAUUUUUGUGCUUUUCAGCCUGUUAAAGCUUAGGAAGGCAUGUGAAAUAUUUAUAAUUAUCAUGUCCUUUUACUGUCCAAUCCAGAAAGAUAAAAUACAAAUUUACGACAAAAAGAUAUUAAUUUACCCAAGACUGAAUAUUUUAAUAUAGAUAAGCCUAAAGAUAUUAAUGUAUCGGAUAAGUAAAGCAAAAUAGAGGCUAAGUAAUCUUAUCAUAACUAGUUGGAAUGUGAAUUGUCGGUAGGAAAUCAACACUGGCUGAAAGCCAUGUUAGUUUUCAAACACACAAAAGCUAAGCAGUAAAAAAUUUGCUUUAUACUUAGAUAACAGGUUUGUUUUUGAACGCUACUAGGUACCUACUUAAGUAAGUAGGUGCCGAUUUUUUGUAAACAGUAGGUAUAGACUAUAUAUAGCACAGAGUACUUUUACUUACUUGAAAAGUAUAUAGACACCAAUGGGGCAUUGAGAGAAUAAUCUCUAUAUUUUUCUUUCUUUUAUAUUAUAUCAGCAGUCAAAUUCCUAUUAUCAAUAUAGUUGUUUAAAAUAGUGUAUAUUAUAAUUUAUAAACCACUUUUACCUACCUUUAAUCACUCAAAUUGGGUAUGAUCUUCCAACAUUCAAAAUUCAAGUUUCCUAAUAGGUACCUAUAAAGAAUUUGUCAGGCGAUAUUUAAUUACUUACUUUUGAUUUACAUUUUACAUCAGUCGCCUAACUAAAUUCAAAACUGGCUGAAUUAACAUAAAUAUAUACCUACAUACCUAUCUGAAAUAUUUUGCACGUCAUUUAGUUGUUACUUACUAAGGGCCGGUUAUAAUUACGUAUCUCUAGUUACGGAUACAUUGCCGUUUAAUGACAAGAUCUUAUCUAUCCAUAGUUAUGUCCAAUAAAGAUACACCUACCUAGUCCAAUGCUAUAAGUCGACAGGUUAUUGAAAUGUAAGUAAGCGUAGAGGAUAGAUUUGCCUACCUCUUGUAAGUUAAACUAAGGAUAGAUAGGUUAUUGAAAAUGGCCGUUAAUUGUUUUUGUUUUACCUACAUCAGCUGCUGCUGGCAUUUAUAUAUAGUCUGUAUUCUAUAUUAUAGUUCUGAAUAUGACUAUUGAAAUUUAAAGUAUUGAGUUUGAGACUUGAGUAAUGAGUAUAGAGAUAAGAGAACAGAUAAUUAAGCUAGAAGCUAAAUGAUUGUCAUUCAGAAUUUUAAAUUAAGAAUUAUUAUUUUGGAAACAUAAGAUUACAAUUUUUUUUAUUUAGUACUUAUUGAAUAUAUUACAAUGUCUGAACUGUCUUCGCGGAUGGAUGAAGAAGUGACUGAAAAAGGAGCAUGUAGGCUAAUCGUUUAUCUUAUCACUAAAAGAGCAUGGAAGUCUUGUUUUACUUGACCAAUUUUAUUGGCAGAACACAGUAUGUAUGAUACAAAAAAUUGUGCACUGGAUCAAAUCCAUCAUUUUCCAUCUGUUGAAAAUGGCCGAAUCAACUUGAGCGAUUUCCUUAAAGCAGCCAAUGGACUUUUAUCUAUUAUUG